AUGAUCCCGUCGGCUCUCUACACUCGGCCAUCUGCCUCACUUACCCGCUCAAUUCGCGCCUUCUCUCAAAGCUCAGCCGCCGCCAUGAAGCACCAUCUGAUGGUCGGGACGUGGACCGCCCCCGGGCGUAUCUACACUGUCCAGUUCGAUGAUGAGGAGCUAACUUUGACUUUGGUCAAGAAGACUGAGAUCCCAGAGGCAGAGCCGAUUUCAUGGAUGACUUUCUCCCACGACAAGAAAGCCAUCUAUGGAGCGGCUAUGAAGAAAUGGAACAGCUUCGCUGUCAAUAGCCCGACUGACAUUGUUCACCAGGUGUCACACCCUGUUGCCGGACAUGAGCUCGCUGCCAACGGUGACACCAACACUCGCGCUAUUUUCGUUCUUGCUGCUCACAAACCCCCUUACAACGUGUACGGAAACCCAUUCUACAACUAUGCGGGGUACGGUAACGUCUUCUCCGUGAAGGCUGAUGGAGCUCUUGAUGCCAACGUUCAGAAUUACGAGUACGAUCCCAAGACUGGUAUCCACGGCAUGGUCUUCGACCCUACCGAGACCUACCUGUACUCGGCCGAUCUGUCCGCCAACAAGAUAUGGACACAUAAGAAAGAUGCCGAGACAGGUCAAUUGACUUUGGUAGACUGCCUGGAGGCUCCAGCCCCUGGUGAUCACCCUCGCUGGGUCGAGAUUCACCCCAGCGGUAAAUAUCUAUACGUACUCAUGGAGGCCGGAAACCGCUUGGGUGUGUACGUGAUCGAUGAGCGUACCCACAAGCCCGUCUUCACACACAUCACAUACCCAUUGCUUCCCUCUGGCUUGCCACCCCGCAACAAGUACCGUGGCGAUGUUACUUUCACCACCAAGAGUGCUGGAUAUCUCUUUGCAACCACCCGUUCCAAUCACUUCGAUGUGACUGGGUACAUUACUGCAUUCAAGCUGGGCCCCUCUGGUGAAAUCGAGCGCCAGCUCUUCAUCAACCCUACUUCCACCAGCGGUGGCCACUCCAACGCAGUCAGUCCUUGCGAUUUCAGCGACGAGUGGGUCGCUCUCUGUGAUGACCAGCUGGGCUUUGUUGAGAUGUACCGCUGGCGCGAUGAGAAGUUGGGUCGUGUUGCGCGCGUAGACAUUCCGGAGCAGGGCUUCGGUAUGAAUGCCAUCUGGUACGACUAA